AUGCCAGAGAUUGAUGAUCCUCUGCAACGAUUCGUUUCCGUGGUCAAGUUUUACCUUAGUGGAUGGCAUAUCAAACCACCAGGCGUUAAAAAACCCCUUAAUCCUAUCCUGGGUGAAACAUUUACAGGCUAUUGGGACUACCCAGAUGGCACUAAGGGUUAUUAUAUUUCCGAACAGACAUCGCAUCAUCCACCUAAGUCCAGCUACUUCUUCAUGGCACCGGAGCAUCAUAUCAGAAUAGAUGGCACUUUAAAACCUAGAAGUAGGUUUUUGGGCAAUUCUGCAGCAAGUAUGAUGGAAGGAAUAUCAUACAUGGAGUUCCUGAAUCGAGGAAAGGAGGAGGGACAUGGCGAAAGAUACAUCAUAACACAGCCAAAUAUGUACGCUCGCGGAAUUCUGUUCGGAAAAAUGAAGUAUGAACUUGGAGACCAUAGCUACGUGAAAUGCCCAGAAAACCAUUUUUCUGCCGACCUCGAGUUCAAAACGAGAGGCUAUUUCUCCGGUACAUAUAACGCCAUUGGAGGAACCAUUAAGAAUGAUGAGACCGGGGAGGUUUACUACGAGCUUUCAGGGCUUUGGAACGGUGAAAUGUUCAUCAGAGACGUUGCGACUGGAAAGAAAGAACUACUCUUCAAUGCCACGCAUGCAAAGCAUGCUCCACCUCUCAGCCGGCCGCUCGAAGAGCAGACAAGCCGUGAAUCCCAGAAGCUUUGGCACAACACAGUCCAAGCCUUACUGGAACGAAACCAGGAACUAGCUACUGAUGAGAAGACAAAAAUCGAGGACCGACAACGAGAGGAAGCCGCUGCCAGAGCCCAUGAAAAUAUCGAAUGGAGACCCAAACUUUUCCGAGCCAUCAAUGGAGGCCCUGGUGGGUCAGAGGAAGGACGAGAAAACCUCGACUGGAUCAUAAAUGCCAAUAUUGAUUCGCACAACCCUUCUAAAGCAGUAGAGCAAAUUCUCGCAUUCACUGCGAUCCUUCCAGGGCAAAAAGUAAACCACGAUCUUGACAUUCCUCCACAUGCGCCAAAAGCAGUAAAACCCAACCAGGAUAAGGAUUGUCUUCUCGAUUUUGACAGUAACGGAGCUAUGCCGGAAAGUGUACAGCACAAGGCCUCAUCUUCAGUGUCCCACCCUACCGCUGAUCUUCUCGGCGACUCUAACCAUGACCACAAUGAGAGUAAUAACCGUAUCGCUGUAGGUGCUAGCGGGAUGCCCGGAAUGAUGGCCCCCCUCCAACCAACUGUUUCUUCAGGCACGGGCAACAUUAACACACAGAAGAAGCCCGUUGAAAGCUACGACCGGCCCCCUGGUAUGGGAGGACUGUUUGAUGCCGAACCCUGA